CUGCCAACGAUGUACCAUCUGUUUGCCGUGAAUGUGCCGUCUGAACAGCGCUCUAGGGCGUUCAGUUAUUUGUCCGCCUUUGGGUCUAUCGGACAGACUUUCGUCACUGCGGCAUGUCCGCACAUACCAUGGCGCUGGCCUUUCUACAUAUUUGGUGUGGCCGGUUUGAUCUGGUGUUUGGUUUGGAUGAUAUAUUACGAAAAGUCAACGGCGACUGUGGACGAAGAAGCGCUUCUUUACAAAAAGAAUUUGAGCCCCUUGCGAAAUUGGCGGAAGUUUUUCUUCACUCGUCCGCUGCUGGCCGUUUAUUUCGCGCAUUUCUGUAUGAACUGGACGGCGUACAUCAUUAUGCACUGGCUGCCGACAUAUCUUCACACGAAACUGAACGCUGACACACAGACGCUGAGUCUGGCUUGUUUGCCAUACGCGUUCAAUAGUCUCUGUAGCAUAGGCGUUGGCCACAUCGCAGAUUCGGUCGUCAAUGGCAAACACUUGACCGUGGCGCAGGUACGAAAACUGGCGACGGUCAUCGGCCUUGUCGGACCGGCGUUGUUCAUUUUUUUCUUCGCCGCAUUGUCUCACCUCUAUGCCGCCGUCAUCGUUAUAUCGGUGAGCAUGGGAUUACUGGCGUUCAAUAGCCCGGGGCAUCUAAGCAACCAUGCAGAUCUCUGUGGAAAAUACGCCGGCAUUUCGUUUGCCAUAUCGAAUACGAUUGCAACUUUACCAGGUUUGGUGGUCGGUCCACUGACGGCUGAAUUCGUCACACAGUCCAGCGGGCGGUGGUGGCCCGCAUUCGUACUCGCCGGUAUGCUCAAUUUGACGGGGGCCGUGGCAUAUUUAAAUUAUGGAUCAACGAAACAGAUAAUUUGA